AAAAACAGAUUCAUUCUGAAACAGUCAUUAUAUAUUAAAUAUGAAAGAUGUUCUAAGUAUUAAUAUAGGUCAGUGUGGAAUACAAGUGGCAAGUUGUUUUUGGGGAAUGUUUUUUAAGAAUUUGAAGUUAGACUGUGGUAACCUUCCCCCUGAUUGGAAUGAUGUAAGAAGUUUUGUAUUGAAUACAAAUGUAAAUGUACCAUCUUUAGAUGCUUCUCCGGAUGCUUACAAUGAUUUUAUAAAUAAUUUGAAAGCAAGAUGUAUACUAAUUGAUACUGAUUUGAGCACCAUAACUGAAGUGUUGCAAAAACAACACCACUGUCAUAUAGAUAAUGAAAAUAUUGUAUGCGGUACAGAAGCCGCAGGAAAUAACUGGAGUGUUGCGUAUUUUCAUCACGGUCCACAAUAUCAUCAAACAGUAGAAGAUCUGAUAGAUCACAACCUCGAGAAAUGCGACAAGACAUUCCAAUAUUUUAACAUAACAUUUGGACUAUCAGGUGGCACUGGAGGCGGUUUAGGCAACUACAUUCUUGAUAUCCUGAGAGAUAAUUACUCUAAAAUACAUCGAGUAUGUAACGUGGUGACACAAGAUAGUAUGGCUGCCAUUUCACCCUACAACACCCUUUUUUGUCUAAACCACCUGAAUGAAGUUGCUUCUGUGACGAAUUUGUUUUCAAACGAAGCUCUUAGUUAUCAUGCCAUGCAGAAGACGGCACACAUAAUUCGUGAAUCUUCUAGAAAUGAAGCGAAAAAGGAACAUGGGUUUAGUGGAGAAAAUGAGAUCAUAAGCAAACACAUAAAAGAUAUAAGUAUGGCUAGUGUUAGUGAAAAGUACCCGAGCUUUAGUAUGAGUUCCGUAUUAAAUACAUUGAUACCAUUCCCAGAGCUUAACCUUGUCUGCCCUCAAAUGGUUCCGGAGCAUGUAUAUCGUGACGGAAUGUCGACGGAAGGAUUGAUCAACGAGUUACUUAAAUCACAGCAUCGCAUAUCGCCAAUUGAUCAAAAAAUAAAAAACGCGCCAAUAGCAAUGGCUAUCUAUGGUGAUUUUGAUUAUACUUCACUGAAGUACAUUAAAAGACUAAAACUGAAGCACAACAUGAUUGGUUGGAUGAGAGAUGGUAUUCAUGUAUCUUUAUCGGGUGUUUCCUCUAGAAAUACAAAAGAAGACAAACCUGAUGGAAUGUGCGGCAUGUCUAACGAUUGUGCUAUAUCCUCAUUUCUAGGUAAAUCCAUAUCAAACUUCGAGCGUCUGUAUUCAAAAAAGGCAUUCCUACAUCAUUUCAGCGAUACACUCGAAGAUGGAGAUUUUUCAUCAGUGAAACAUAAUAUGGAGUCAUUACAGGAUGUUUACACCACAAUACAGAAAUACAUGGUUCCCUCUCACAACUUGCUUGAUGAGAAGAAUCUUAAAUCAUUGGGAGUAGAAAUGAAGGUGGUUAGCGAUGCGCCUUGUAGGGACCCAUGGAAUAAUGUACCAGGGAAUUUGGUAACGAACAAACGCCAUUGGUGGGAACUCAAGGGAAGGCCUUUAGUGUAAUAAUGUACAAAAUAUCGACUCUAUGGCAGUAGACUUAGAG